UGCAAAUAGAAGCCGGGCGCAGGACGAACUUAAAAUGAUCAACUUCCCGCGGCAAUACGAAUCAAUAGACAAAUAUUCAUAAGAGCAAUUCGUCAUCGAAAUCAGAACCGAAACUUUAGCAACACUCGUACCCGCACUAAGAUUGCCUUUAUCAAAUAAGAUCAGAGAAGCAUAAUUCGGGAUGGCGGCAGCAAAGUCAACUAACCACCUCGCUAGCUUCUCUGAUGAAAUAAUACCUUGGGUUGAGGAAACUGGGGCCCAAUUCCACUAUGAUGAUCUACGAGAUGACGCCAUAAGGCUUCUAGAACUUGAACCGUCUCUUCCUCAGGAUCCAAUAAGAUGCAAACUCUUGCAUGUGAACAGCAACGAAAAUCACCAAUAUGAGAUUCUCUCUUGCGACUGGCAAAGCUCAACAGGGCCACAAGUGCCUAUAUCUCUAAACGGCCAGACUUUUGAUGCCCCGUCCGAGGCCUAUGUAGCACUGCGCAGAGUCAGAUUCGAGGAUCAACCGAGAUUCCUUUGGCUGGAUGCUAUCUGCAUCAACCAGAAACCGAAUAAAACGGAUCAGAAUACUCAGCCCUCUUAUCUAAAGGGCAUAUACCAAGGCGCAACAGGCCUCCUUGCGUGGAUUGGGAACGCCAAGAAUAACUCGCACCUUGUGUUUGAGCAUCUCGAUAGGUGUCGCGAACAUAGACAUAUCAAUUGGUGUCGAUAUCGGGGAGAAACGAAGGAUGCCUUUCAUAACCUAUCUCGCAGGUCGUGGUUUUACAGAACACAAUCCGCUCAAGAGCUCGCUUUAACCAGUAAGGCUAAUAUCCUAUGUGGCCGUCAUCAGGGUGAAUGGCCGGACUUGAUGAGAUGUACCGAUUUCUUAGGGGCUGGGGACUACUAUCAUCCGUUAGAAGGACCAGAUGGUCGAACGCAUUUACGUCACCUUUGGGAACUCUCUCGCGGUAAUCUUGUACCGUUGAGGGAUGUAUUCCUCUGGAACCGGCAUGGUCGGGUUCACGACCCUAGGGAUAAGAUAUUCAGCGCCUUGGUACUAGAUACAGGUAUACAGUUUGAUAUUCCUAUUGACUAUAGGCAAGAUCUUAUUCAUCUUUUCCGGAACUUCACGCAGAAGGUCAUCGAAGCGAGCCAAACCCUCGAGAUCCUUCACUGGCUAGGAUCGCAGAAGAAACCCAUCGAUGGCCUUCCGUCGUGGGUUCCUGACUACAGCAUAGUCAAUCCCAUAGGUACUUUACCAAGGAUAUUCAGCGCGUCGGCAACAUAUUCCAUUCAUUAUCCAACCCUGGUACUCCCGGGGUUUGAAUUUCGACUCGAUGGCGCUCUGGCGAUCCACGGACGUCUCAUCGAGAAAAUCGAGAAAACAGGAAGUGAGCUGGGAGCAAGCGUUGCUGUUGGCGGCAAAGUGUUUAAUUCGAUAUUGUCCGAAUGGGAGGCUCUCGCUUUGAGCCUGAGCUAUAAGAGAUUUCCGCAGGCUAUCAUUGAUGCCUUUGCUGAUACUCUGAUUGGAGACGAUCGUACCGAUUUGUUAAUCGAAAAAGACGAGACCCCGUAUAUUCGAGAGUCGAGACCGUCGAUAUCGCCGUCAGCGAAUGAGUUCCAUGAGUGGUAUGGGCAGUACGGCGCGGGUGUGCUGGGAGAAGCCAACUCGACACGCACAGGGGACGGAGCUAGCAGCUGGCUUUUGACGAAGUAUGCUCGCCGGAUGGAAAUGACUUCCUACGGACGCAAAUUCUUCAUCACUGAUGAAGGCUCGAUGGGUCUUGCACCACCACACGCGAGAGAGGGUGAUGACUUGGUCUUCAUUCCUGGUGGCAAGUACCCGUUUGUAUUGAGAGCUAGGGGUGACGGCACUUACGAACUUAUCGGGGACUGUUUUCUAUACGACCUAGACGUGUUUUCACUACUCCAGAAUGAGAACGUGGACACUCGGAAGUUCGUUCUCACUUGAAACGUUACAGAAAGCUAUGGCUGUUGUAAUAGAGCGUUGACGAUUCCCCAACUACGACUGUCAUCAUAGCAAUGAAGUCUUUUAGGCUGGCAUUAGAUUCCCCGCGCGAGCGUGUGAAAAAAUAGCGUAUUCAUUCCGUUUAACUUAAUAAGCAUAUAAGUUUAUCUACU